GGGGCGCUUCUCUAGGCAGUGGUGAGGUACUGAGGUGAGAGACAUGUGACUCUCUUCACUCACUUUGCCAAGAAGUCACGCACCAAACGCCACCAAGAAGGCAAGAACGCAGUCCGUCCGUCCCUCCCCUCCCCUCCCCCUUCCGGUACCGUCUCAUCGCCCGUCCUCUCCCGUUUCUCCCCUUUCUCUGGGCUCGGAGAACCGGAGAGAGGCGCGCGCGGCCAUGGCGUCCAGCGCCUCCCGGUUCAUCAAGUGCGUCACAGUCGGCGACGGCGCAGUGGGCAAGACCUGUAUGCUCAUCUGCUACACCAGCAACAAGUUCCCCACCGACUACAUACCUACUGUGUUCGACAAUUUCAGCGCAAACGUAGUUGUGGAUGGCACCACGGUGAAUUUGGGCCUUUGGGAUACUGCGGGGCAGGAAGAUUACAACCGACUGAGGCCUCUAAGCUACCGUGGUGCUGAUGUUUUCGUGCUUGCCUUCUCACUUGUGAGCCGAGCUAGCUAUGAGAACAUCAUGAAGAAGUGGAUACCGGAGCUUCAGCAUUAUGCACCUGGGGUGCCCAUUGUUUUGGUAGGCACCAAAUUGGAUCUUCGUGAAGACAAGCACUACUUGAUGGACCAUCCUGGGUUGGUGCCUGUUACCACAGCGCAGGGGGAGGAACUUCGUAGACAAAUUGGUGCUAUGUAUUACAUUGAGUGCAGCUCAAAGACACAGCAGAAUGUCAAAGCUGUGUUUGAUGCUGCCAUCAAGGUAGUUAUCCAGCCUCCAACUAAACUAAGAGAAAAGAAGAAAAAGAAAUCGCGCAAAGGAUGUUCCAUGCUGGACAUUUUCUGUGGAAGGAAAAUGCUAUGCUUCAAAUCCUGAAUGAUUCAAGAGGAGGGUCUUAUACAUGACGAAAUAUCAGGAGAAUGACCACAAGUUCGUGAAGCUUGAAACCUGAAUGUGCCUGUUGCACAUGUGUAUAUCUGCACCUUUGGUUAUUAAUCACUAGAGGUAGAUGAUUGAAACUAGUCUGCUUAAGCUUUGUGCACUGCUGGUGCGGUUAGAUCUCUCUCUCUCUCUCUCUCUCUCUCUCUCUCUGAAUUAGGCAUUUCGACAGAGGCCAAAGAGACAAUGAGAUUUUGUUCUUUCAUGGCGAAGUCACAGCUUUUGUGAA